AUGUUUGGCAAUGGUCGAGCGCGUUCAGGCAUCAUAGUCCUUCCCUGUGGUGCGGGAAAGUCCCUGGUGGGGGUAUCAGCAGCGGUGCGCAUUCGCAAGAGCUGCCUGUGCCUGGCGACCAACGCAGUGUCGGUGGAUCAGUGGUGCAUGCAGUUCAAGAUGUGGUCUACAAUCAAGGAUCAACAUAUUUCCCGAUUUACCUCUGAUACCAAGGAGAUGUUCCAGGGCGAUGCGGGUAUCGUGGUAACCACGUUCAACAUGAUUGCUUUCGGAGGAAAGCGGUCGGCAGAAUCGAAUAAAAUCAUCGAAGCGAUCCGAUCGCGCGAGUGGGGCUUGCUGCUCAUGGACGAGGUGCACGUGGUGCCAGCUCAGAUGUUCCGGAAGGUCAUUGGCAUCACCAAGUCGCACUGCAAGCUGGGAUUGACAGCCACGCUGGUGAGAGAGGACGAGCUGAUUGCGGAUCUCAAUUUCCUGAUCGGUCCCAAGCUGUAUGAAGCCAACUGGCUGGACCUGGUGCGAGGGGGAUACAUCGCCAACGUGCAAUGCGUUGAGGUGUGGUGCCCCAUGACUCGCGAGUUCUAUGCAGAGUACAUUCGAGCCGACGCAAGGAAGCGACAGGGUCUGUACGUGAUGAACCCCAACAAGUUCCGCGCGUGCGAGUACCUCAUUCGCUUCCAUGAGGAGCAGCGGCGGGACAAGAUCAUCGUGUUCUCGGACAACCUGUUUGCUCUGGAGCAGUAUGCAAGGAAGCUGAACAAGCCCAUGAUCUACGGCCCCACCAGCCAUGCGGAGCGCACCCGAGUGCUCUAUGCCUUCAAGAACAGCCCCAACGUCAACACGGUCUUCCUCUCCAAGGUGGGGGACAACUCGAUUGACAUUCCCGAGGCCAAUGUGAUCAUCCAGAUCUCAUCCCAUGCGGGGUCGAGGAGGCAGGAGGCGCAGCGGCUGGGGCGCAUUCUGAGGGCCAAGGGGCGGAAGGAGGACCGCAUGGCUGGGGGCACGGAGCACUACAAUGCGUUCUUCUACUCGCUGGUGUCGACUGAUACUCAGGAGAUGUAUUACUCAUCCAAGAGGCAACAAUUCCUCAUCGAUCAAGGUUACUCGUUCAAGGUGGUAACAUCGCUGCCCCCACCGGGGGAGGGGGACGAUCUCUGCUACACGUCCAAGCAGGAGCAGCUUGACCUGCUUUCUACGGUGCUGAGUGCAGGCGACGACGCACUAAGGGAGGAGGUGUUGGCGGAGGAUUAUGACGAUCUGAGCCACGUGCCCACCAUCGUGAGGCGCUCCGCUGCCUCCAUGAGCGCCAUGUCCGGCGCACAGGGGCGGUCAUACAUGGAGUUCAGGUGGGUGAACACUCAAGCACAUGUGGACCCAUGGUUCACAUCUGAGGUGAGGCGCUCCGCUGCCUCCAUGAGCGCCAUGUCCGGCGCACAGGGGCGGUCAUACAUGGAGUUCAGGUGGGUGAACACUCAAGCACAUGUGGACCCAUGGUUGACAUCUGAGUAUUUUUCUGUUAAACCAGCAGAGCUGCCGAAACUGUCAGCAGAGGACGAGGAGCAGAGGCUGGAAGUGCUCCAUCCCUUCCCAGUGCUGGAAAAGCCUCGGCCAAUCCCCCUCUUCACACCAGCAACCUCCUUUGUCAAGCCAGUGCGGCUGUUGCAGAGGCUAUCAGCGGAGGAGGAGCAAGAGGAGUCCGAGGAGAGGUGGAUGAGACACGCACUGCGGCUGCUGCAGCUGCUCUCACUGCGACUCAAGCUGCACCACCCGCUGCUCGCCUCUGCUCCAUCCUUCUCACCCUGCUCUGAUCCGGUUUCCACACCCAUCCAGGCCGCAACCUUGGCUGAGGAGGCAGUAAUCUUGGCAACUGAAUCAACUGAGGAGGUACGUGAGGCAUGUGACUCCUCUUGA